AUGCAUGAUGGUGAGGUCAUCGGCAUUAAUACCAUGAAAGUGACUGCAGGGAUUUCCUUCGCCAUUCCCUCAGACAGAGUCCGCAUCUUCCUGGAGCGUGCGGCAGACAAACAGAAGUCCUGGUUUGGAGAAUCAGGAUCAAAACGGCGUUACAUUGGAGUGAUGAUGCUGACUUUGACCCCCAGUAUAAUCGAAGAGCUGAAGACGCGUGACAUGUCCUUCCCUGAUGUUUCUCAUGGAGUUCUCAUCCACCGUGUUAUUAUAGGAUCUCCCGCCAAUAGAGCUGGAGUGAAACCAGGAGAUGUUAUUGUUGAGAUCAACGGGUCAAAGGUGAACUCGUCAGAGGAGAUCUAUAACGCUGUGAGAACAAGCGACAGCAUAAACGUGGUGGUCCGGCGGGGGGCCGACCUCCUCAUGCUGCACAUGACCCCUGAACACACAGAGUGACGUCCCGUGAAGCUUACGCAUAUAAAUAAGAGAGUAAUAAAUGGU